GCUGAGCUGCACCACAGCUGCUGUACUACAAGUGUGAACCGGCCACCUAUCUGUUGACACAGAAGAACUUGGGGGCCAUCCUGAGGAGCAGCGCUCUCUUACCACCCUGUUCUGUGCAAUCUGUAUCCGGCAUCUCUAGCUCCGUAAAGGAAUUUCUGACUCAGGGACUAACAGCUAAUUCCACAGGAGUUGUAAGGCAGCCUGUGACAUAAACUGAGACAGAAGUUUCCCCUCACAGACUGCUUUUUUUUUUUUUUUUUUUUUUUUUAAUUGGCAAAGACUUCUGGCUCUCCUCAGAGGAAUAUCUUGUUGCUUAAGAUGAGUGGCUGUAGAAAACGAUGUAAACGUGAAAUAUUGAAAUUUGCCCAGUACCUUCUCAGACUAUUAACAGGUUCUCUUCAUACAGACAGCGUGGAAGAUGAGCUGGAGAUGGCCACCGUCAGACACCGGCCUGAGGCCCUCGAGCUGCUGGAGGCCCAGAGCAAAUUUACAAAGAAAGAGCUUCAGAUUCUCUACAGAGGAUUUAAGAAUGAAUGCCCCAGCGGUGUUGUUAAUGAAGAAACCUUCAAAGAGAUUUACUCGCAGUUCUUUCCACAGGGAGACUCUACAACGUAUGCACAUUUUCUGUUCAAUGCAUUCGAUACAGACCACAAUGGAGCUGUGAGUUUCGAGGAUUUCAUCAAGGGUCUUUCCAUUUUGCUUCGUGGGACAGUACAAGAAAAACUCAACUGGGCCUUCAACUUGUAUGACAUAAAUAAAGAUGGCUACAUCACUAAAGAAGAAAUGCUGGACAUAAUGAAAGCAAUAUACGACAUGAUGGGCAAGUGCACGUACCCCGUCCUCAAGGAAGACGCUCCCAGACAGCACGUGGAGACAUUCUUCCAGAAAAUGGACAAAAAUAAAGAUGGAGUUGUUACCAUAGAUGAGUUCAUUGAAAGCUGCCAAAAAGAUGAAAACAUCAUGCGCUCCAUGCAGCUCUUCGAAAAUGUGAUUUAACUUGUCAAAUAGACCCUCGAUCAACAGACAAAUGUGAACUACUGUACCACACUUAAAGUUGGAGCUACCACUUUUAGCAUAGAUUGCUCAGCUUUAUACUGAGGCAUAUUAUGCAAACAAGCUUUGUUUUAAUAUAAAGCAAUCCCCCAAACAUUUGAGUUUUCCAGUUAUAAUUUGCACCCUUUUCAUAAUGGCACUGAGCUCAUGAGAUGUUCUAACUCAUUUCACACUCUGAAUAUUCAAAAUAAUAGAUCUGGCAUAUAGAUUUUGAUUCUGUAGUCAUGGGAUUAUUGAUGCUUUCACAUAUUAGUAAUUUUAAAAUAUCAGUGUUUUUUGCUAUUCAUAGUCCUAGAAUUUUAAAUCGUUUUCUAAAAUAUCUACAUCUGUAUUAUUUCCAGAAAUUAAUUUCAUUUCC